UGUCUGUCGUCCACGACGUCCACGUCCUCGUCUCUCAUGAGUCUGGUGACGGUGACGGUGACUGGUCACUGGUCUGCUGUUUGCAGUGUCCGCUCACGCUCACUCUGCUCUUCCUCGUUUCUACGGAAAGCACGAGAAAUGGCCUGCUCCGCAGUACGGUCGUCCGUUCUUCGUAGUCCUACGGUAAGGCAUUAUGCAGCUGCUCAAUGUACCAACGCUGCGGUACCAGAACUUGAGGUACUGUCCAGCAAUAAGGUGACAGUUGCCGCACUCGACAACAAUAGUCCUGUUGCUCAAGUAUCAAUCAUCUUUAGAGCUGGCUCGCGCAACGAGACAUACGACACGCAAGGCACGGCGCAUCAUAUUCGAAUUGCUGCUGGUCUGAGCACGUGCAGGUCAACUUACUUUGGAAUAACUAGGAAUAUCCAGCAACUUGGUGGAAACUUAACCGCUACCACUGAUCGCGAAAGCAUCACGUAUACGUUACAAAUUACAAGGAAUCAUCUGGGCAAAGCUUUGACUUUCCUAGAGGAUGUCGCUACGCAGCAAGUGUUCAAACCGUGGGAAAUAUCCGAUCAGCUACCCAGGUUGCGCUAUGAAUUGUCCAUGAUACCCGAGACGACCCGCGUAAUGGAAUUGUUGCACAAAGCAGCUUAUCGUACUGGACUAGGCUAUUCUCUAUACUCGCCAAAGAGACAACUUGGGAAAAUCAGUACGGAGACUCUGCAACAUUUUGUCAAUACUUGGUUCACCGGCUCCAAAUGCGCGGUCGUAGCAACGGGCGUCGCGCUGUCAGACGCGACGCAAUUCGCUUCGAAUCUAAAAGUAGGCUCCGGAGAUAAUACUGUGGAAGCUACCAAGUAUCAUGGGGGAGAACUUCGCAAGGAACGAUCAUCGGAUUUGUCCACUGUCGCGGUAGCCGUUGAAGCAGCAGGGAUAAACGAAGAUAAGGAUGUCCUCGCUUAUGCCGUAUUGCAGAGAGCAAUCGGUUCUGGUCCCCGUGUGAAAUGGGGUUCCAGCGUGUCACCGCUGCACAAGGCAAUCUCUGGAACGACCAACACCGACCACUUUGCUCUUUCGGCAUAUUAUGCUUUUUAUAGCGAUUCCGGACUGUUUGGUUUUGUUCUGUCCUCGGUACCGAGUGUCGCCGGUUCCGUAACAAAAGCUGCUACUGCGUACCUAAGAUCGCCCAAGCUUACCGAUGCCGAUAUCGCGCGGGGUAAGACUACGUUGAAAGCGGAAAUAUUAUAUGCCGCGGAUGACGCCGCGUUCUUAGAAAGUAUGGGACAGCAAGCAAUUUUGCUUUAUCAAGCAAAAGGAUGCGUGUACAAACCGUCUGAUCUCGCUGCGGAAAUAGACAAAAUAACUGCAUCUGAAGUCAAAUCGGUCGCCGGAAAACUUGCUGGCGGAAAAUUGUCCAUGGCUGCAAUUGGCAAUCUAUGCACCGUUCCAUAUGUCGAUGAAUUGAAGUAGAUACGACAAUACGAGAGUCUGGGCAGUACCGUUUACUGUGAGAGCCUUCGAGUUUUAAGUAUUUCGUCUAGUUUAGAAAUGUACACGCGCACGCGCGCGUUUAUCUCAGUGUAGAAUUUACUUCCGAUAUUAAUAAUAAAAGAAAAUAUCGCUGUA